AUGGCGCCUAAGAAGGGAAAUUUCACUGAACUAGAGAAAAAAAUUCACGAUGCUGUGACACAAGGCAAAGCAGAUGAAGUUAAGCUCCUUUUAAAAGAGAACACUGUGAAGAAUGUUGACUUCUUGGAUGAUACUGGGAUGACCCCACUACAGCAUGCCGCCUUUCGAGGGAAGACGGAACUGUGUCAGCUACUCCUGGCUCACGGAGCAGAUGUUAAUUCUAACUAUCAUGAGAAUGGCUACACAGCUCUCAUGUUUUCUGCCCUCUCAGGUCAUCCAGAUACGACUCAUCUGAUGUUAGAGGCAGGAGCUAAUGUGGACCAUACCAACUCAGUGGGCAGAACAGCAUGUCAGAUGGCAGGCUUUGUAGGUCAGCAAAAGUGUGUCACGGUAAUCAAAUCUUACUUUAGUCGGGAUAACCUCAAACGCUACACUAAGCCUCAGGGACUUGAGAAAGAACCCAAGCUUACUCCAGACCUAGAAGUUGCUGUGUUGAAAUUGAUCAACCAGUCAAACUUAAAUCCUGUCAAGAUAUCAUUGAUCAUACAAGACUACACGUGUUUGUUGGAGAAAUCCUCAAACGUUGUUAAGGUGUUGGACCACCUGUGUGAGAAGUAUAUGAAGGCACGAGACACAGAGGAUGGCAUGGCAAUGAAAACACACUAUUUUGCUGUCGUCCUGAAAAAUGCUGCCAAGUCUUAUCAAGAGCAUCAGUCAUUAGACAAUUGGAUCAAAAGGUUAGUAAAGGGACGAGACUUGGAUGGUUUUCCCGAGAAACAGGAGCUAUUGAUCCGACAGUCACUUAGGGAGUUCCCAUAUUCAGAUUCUCAACUUCUACAACAGCUUGUCAGAACACUGGCUUCAGUAAAAGUGGGAGACAGCCCAACUGCUCUGUCAGUACUGUCACAAGGUAUCAAUGGUCAUCGCAUGACAUUUGAUGCUGAGGAUAUUUGUUGUACUUGUGGAGAAUUAUAUGCAGAGAAGAAAUGCUCCGCUUGUAAAAUGGUGAGGUACUGUGAUGCCCGCUGUCAGAAGCUUCACUGGUCUACACACAAAAAGAUGUGUAAAAAUUUGGCAGAUGAGUAUGAAUCCAUACAAAAACUGAAGAAAGCAGAAGAGGAGAAAGAGAAGAUGAGAAAGGAACAAGAGGAAAUUCAGAAAAAGUUGUGUGAGGCCAAAAUUCAGAAUGGUGAUGAGAAAGCAGAGGUGAGUGAGAGAGUAACAAAUGGAGAAGGCACAACAAACAGCACUGAAUUCCAAGAUGCAUCAAGCACCUUUAAGGAGACUACUUCUGUACCUCCAGCUGUGGAGAGUUCUUCCUAGCAUGAUGCUAGUUCUACAUCUGAUUCAGUUUUUUGUGUUCAACUUGGAAAAUUUAUAUUGUGUAGUAUGUCAUCAGAAUUGUGAUAUUAAGAAUAAAACAUUUGACGUCAAAAGGAUUAAUACUAGUCUCUAAACAAUGAACCGAUAGAAUGUCGAACCCCAGAAGUGUCUUUGGAAGAGUAAAAACUUGUACUGACAUUGACAAAGUAUUACUGUAUCAAUAGUGAAACAGGCAUGAUUGAAGUCUCCACUGAUUACACCUUGUUGCUACCCUUAGUAUUCUUGAUAAUGCAAUUAUUAUGGUUAUGCAUUUUUGAGUUUUAACAGUUCCGUCCUGUUGUGAUUUUGCACAGUUUAUACCUGUUAUCUUAUCAGCAACUGUAUAGCCAUUUUGUCCAGUGUACCUGAUGGUUAUUCAUUUUCACUUGUUCAGUAAAGUGAUCUACUUCAUCCUUCACUGUCAUGCCUCUUUAAUGAAGAUCUCAUAUUAUCCAGUUAGUGUUUUAACAGACUGUUGACUUUUUUUCCUUAUGUAAAUGAUGCAGUUGUCUCACACUCCAGAUGCUCUUUCUGUUUAUUUGUAUGUGAGCUGGGUUUAUUGCCCCUUAAAUAACCAGGGUCAUUUUGAGGUGAGGUCUCCUUGUAGCAGCUGGUGGCUACUUCACUGAACAACAUAUGGGAGGUCUGUUGUAUGCAUUCACAACAAUUAGAGUUUACUGUCUUACCCAAGGACACAACUAUGUCAGCUAGACUGGUCCUUUUCUCAGCUUUGAAAGAAACACAUAUCAUCACUUGGAGGGAGUAUCACACCACACACUUGAGAUUUACACCUAAUGUUAUGUAGGGCAAUGUUCUACCUGAUGGAGCCAUCAUAGGUAGUGAAGUAAUUAGAAUGAAUGAAUUAGAAUUUUCUGGUAACAGCAUUGAAACUUUGCAACUCAGUCAAAAUGCUUCUUAUUUAACUUUUUAUUUCUUUUUAUUUUUCAAUCAAGUAAUGUUUUAUCAAUUUCACAGGAUGUUAGAUAUAAUAGUUCGUAUUUCAUUGCUUUUGAUAUUAUUUUGAAACCCAAGAACUGGCAAAGAUUUCUUAAAUCUUUGUAUGUACUUCAAAAUUGUUAUAUAUUUGGCUUAUAUUUGUUUAAAUGUUUUAUAGUUGAGUAUAUGCUGUUCUGGUGUUGUAUGAGAUGAUAUUGUUAUGUGUGCAUGCAAACUGUUGUUUGUGCCCCAUGUAUAAAAGUGAAAUUAUCAUUUGUAUGUAAAGCAUGUCAUCUUAGAUAAAAAAAAUCUAUGUGACUUAGUCUGACAUGAUUCACAAGUGUUGGAACACUUCCUGCUUACAACUAUAUAGUUGAUAUCAAUGUUUCUACCCAAGUUUACAAAUUUUGGAAUGUUAUGUCAGGUUUUGAUUGUUUUGGCUUCAUUUGUAUUGGGCAUAGCUCAUCUAAAACAUUAUAUUGGCACACAGUAUAUUAUGGUAUGCGCUCCAUAUUGAAAAGGCCUAACAAGAGUCUAUAUGUCAUUAUGCCUGUCUUAUCUUCUACUUUGUACUGGUUUGACUUUUUAAGAAUAUUCCAAGUGCUUAAUCUUACUCACUUUACAAAGAUGUGAUUGGAGUCUUUCCUUGGUCACAUUCACAGCUAUUUUCAGGAAGAAAAAUAUAGAGUUUUCAGACAGCUUGUUGACAGAAUCCUUCCAAAGAAGUUUUACCCAUAUUCUAUAUAUAGUGAAUUUUACACUUUCUUUCUUUGAAUGAAGAGAUUUGAUGAGUAUUCCUCGCUCAUAUAAAUUGGAUUCUGGAUAAACUUCAUGAGUAUAAUAGAUCUCAUAUCAACAUCUAUCAUUACAGAAAAGAUCGACAAUAAUAAGAUUUUUCUGACACAUUUGAAUAUAGAAUAAAAAGAAGAUAAAAUGAAGUUGUACAUUUUUGUUGAUACAGGUACAGGUUACACCAAACUGGAUAGGGGGAAUGACUAAACAAUAUAUAAAUUAUAUGUAUAUAUGUCACACUAUAGUGAUGAUGUGGUAAUGUUUUUGCCAGUCAUUCAGUGUUCUGUUUGUUACUGGUUUUGGUCAUGGACUUUAAUCAGUAGGUACAUGUUGACUGUCUCAGUAACUCUAUCACUAGAAGAUCCAUCAUCUCUGUAUCUCAUUUAAAAUUAUCAGAAUGUAUAAGUACUUUUUUCCUGUUAAAUCAACUUGUAUUUACAAUAAAGUUGUGAAUGAGAAGUAAAAAACUUAUGAGGACUAGAAGGUGAUUGAUUUCAGGUGAGUUACUAGAUACACAAUGUCUUUUGAAUUAAUAUUAGCUAAUCUCUUUCUAAUCUGAUUUUUCCAUUAAAAUUUUCUCUUUAUUUUGCAUCAUUCAUUUUCAAAAUGUUGAUAAAUAUGAUAAGCUUAAUGACAUUCCUUUUUUCAAAUGAAGUGAUUAUAUUUCUUUGAUAAGACAAUAAUAUCCUUGGCAUGUAGGUAGGUAGGUUUCAUUACAUUUAUAACGAACAUGACAAGUUGAUACCAAUAUGAAGUCAGGUUUUCCAGUAGAAUACUUUAUAAUGUGAUAUUUGAAGUCAGGAUGUCAUUUACAGUGUGUUUGACAUUGUAACACGACACAUGGCGUCAGGAUUUCAUUUACAGUGUGUUGACAUUGUAACACGACACAUGGCGUCAGGAUGUCAUUUACUGUGUGUUUGACAUUGUAACUUGACACAUGGAGUCAGGAUGUCAUUUACGGUGUGUUUGAUGUUGUAACUUGACACAUGGAGUCAGGAUGUCAUUUACGGUGUGUUUGACAUUGUAACACGACACAUGGAGUCAGGAUGUCAUGUACAGUGUGUUUGACAUGGUAACAUGACAAAUGGAGUCAGGAUGUCAUUUACAGUGUGUUUAACAUUGUAACAUGACACAUGGUGUCAGGAUGUCAUGUACAGUGUGUUUGACAUGGUAACAUGACAAAUGGAGUUAGGAUGUCAUUUACAGUGUGUUUGACAUUGUAACACGACACAUGAAGUCAGGAUGUCAUUUACAGUGUGUUUGACAUUGUAACAUGACACAUGGAGUCAGGAUGUCAUGUACAGUGUGUUUGACAUUAUAUCCUGGCAUCACUGUUGAGUUGUGUUAUAUCUUUACCUCAGUGUGGAGAUAUGAUAAAAGUACAAUAAAGACACAGUGUUUUUGUAUUUCAGUAGAACUCAUUCCUCUUCAAUAAAAUUAGCCACUACGUGCUUUAUAUAUUCAUUGAUACAAAGUAAAACAUUUGUGAUGUCAUUAUCAUUUUAUGCCAAAAUCAUUUUCGCUUGAUCAAUUAACAAAAUACUGAAUGUUCCAUUUGAAGUGGAACAAAAAUAAUGUGUGAAAGUUCCAUCAUCACAUUGGUGUUUUUUGGAUUUAAUUAAGUCAUUGUACAACAGUAUAGCAUUUCAGUUCUACUAUAUUGUUACAGAUUUAUGGCAAGACUGACCUGUGAAUUAAAUGUAUAUCUGUUGUAAUUUGUUUUUAUCUAUUAAAAUGGUGCUGUUAAUGCAGAAUGUAA